CACACCCGCGUGACGCCUUGACUUUGUGUCGGCAGCUCGGCGAAGCCGAGCUGAGCAUGACGCAAACAUCUCCGCCAUGACGGAAGCCGUAGCCGAGAAUGCAGCCGAGAAUGUGGAGGCUCAAGGGACGCGCCGACCCAGCAGCGCCUUUGAGAAUGAAAUGGACGAGUGGGACAACAGCCUCGAGCGACAGCAGGUCAGGAGCCGCUCCAUGCUGCAGAAGCAGUCUUCACUGAAGCUAUCCCGAGCUUCAACUGGAAAGCUAUCCCGAGCUUCAACCGCAAGGCUUACGACUUCCAAGUCCUGGGGCCGGGCCUCGACUCUGGGAUGGCUGGGCCAGGACGAUGACACCACCUCCGGCAUUCUCGCAGACUUUGUGAAGCGCGAGCGCUCGAAGGCCAAGAACCCCGAGGCCACCUCUCAGCAGUACUUGGAGCGAGUGCUGACUCGUAGCAAGGCGCUCCAAGGCAAAGGGAUGAAGAAGGUCAUGGGCGUGCUUCAGUACGAGCAGCUCUAUGCCAUGAUGAUGGCCAGCGUGGUGCAAGAGUGCAAGGAUCGGGGGCUUUUUGCACGGACUCCCGCCAACUCCUUCAAGCAACAGUGCAAGACCAUCCACCAGCUGAAGCGCCUGACGCUGACGCUGAGCACCGCAGUGCUCAACUGGCACUUCACCUUCCGGCUGUUGAACAGCCCAGUGCGGCCACCUCUCGAGCCGAAGGUUGAGAAGCUGACGCGGCUCUCUGAGUUCUGGAGUGAGGGCCUUUGGAUUCGGAAUGAUCUCAGGCUGCUUGAAGGCGCCCGCGAUGUGUCAGACGAGCGGCCGCGGUACGACCUGUGCUUCGACCUGCAACACCAGGGCCGCUGGGGCGUGCGGAAGCGUGCAGGCACCCUGACGCACCAGCAGCACGAGAAGGCCAAGCUGCUCACCGCGGGCGGGCGCCCAGAAGAUGGCGCGGGUGACGGACGGUUCCCUCCCAAGGAGCUUGAGCCGAUCGCCACCGCGCAGUUGCUCGCUCCGGCUCGCCGGGGUCGGAAGCUCUACUUGGACAAGUGCCGGGAGAAGCAGGUCAUCCCGAGCCCUUUGCUGUUCAUGACGGGCCACACCCACGACCUCAAAGCCAACGGCCAACUCUUUACAGAUGCAGAGCUACUGGCGGCCAUGACUCUGCUGCGCGACGACUUUGCGGUUCACGAGCUGGAUCUCGCGGAGAACGGCUUGCUAACUGACAGGAGCCUGGUGCCCCUCCUGGAGAAGCUGUCGUUGGAGGCGGUGUGUGCAGAGUUGCAGCGCUUGAGCCUCGCUGGCUGCAGGCAGAUGGGCCGCAGCGGCAUCUUCGCCGUGAUCCAGCUGACCGCGCAGGCGCCCAAGCUGCGCGCGCUGAAUUUGACCAACAUCCACUUCAGCACGCACGGCCUGCUGCCACUCUGCCAGGCGAUUGGCAGCCACAAGAGCCUUCGGGAUGUGAGCCUGGCUGGCACAGGACUUGGAAACAACAGCCUCACGCUGCGGUGUCUGGCCAGUCUCUUCAAGAACAAUUUCCUUCGGAAGCUGGACCUCAGCUGGAACCGCUUCAACCACGAGGAGUUCGCGGAGAUGGGCAGGAUCAUCUCGGGAUCGCUGGAGGAGCUGAAGGUGGACUACUGCGCUGCCUACGUCGUGGGCCGCGAUAGCCCCGUGGCGGAGCUGCUCGAAGGCCUGGGGAGCAACACCUACUUGAAGAAGCUGAGCCUCAUCGCCAACCGCGUGGACUUCCGCACGGCGCUGGUCAUCGAGGAUGUGCUGGAUAUGCACCCGGCGCUCAAGGACAUCGACAUGACGGACAACCCGCUGGGGGCUUUGGGCAUGCGUUCCUUGCUGCGGCUGUUGUCGAGAGCGCAGAACGCUCUGAAGCACUUUCGCUCGGAUGGCUGCUAUCAAGGCAUCACAGCGAUGAUGGAGGAAGGCCAAGGCUGUCAAGUUUACUCCUUCACGAACCCUGGCAGCCGGUAUGUGCUGGAUCUCAGCCGGCCAUAUCACCGGAGUUUGCUUCGGAUCCUCUACAAGACAGCCGAGCGAUACAAGCUGACGCUGGAUAAGGCAUUCGAGCUCAUCGAGGCGGAUCCGCCCUACCAGCACGCCAGCAAGCAAAAGGGGAUUUGGCAAGUGCCGUCAGCUGGGCGCGUGGUCUUCAACUUCAGCGUGGAGGCACAAAUCCAAGCCUCACUCUCAGGUGUCGACGAUGACGACUACCUGGGCUUCCUGGACACGCACUUUGAGCUGACCCGCUUUAAGGCGGAUCGCAAGAAGAUCCCAGCGCUCUUUGCCAAGUGGCUGGAGCUUUUAGGCCGGGAGGAGGAUCAGCAUGUCUACCUGGCCGCGCUGGCCAAAGACUUCAACAUGUCCCUGCCCUAUUUGUCCUACCUCUGCAGCAGCGCCCCCGGGUCGGUGCGCCACACCAUGAUGACGAUGUUCCCCACGGUGCCCAGCGACACCCAGUCCCGGUACCUGGCGAUGCUGUGCUUCCCCCGGCUCAGCGACUUCUACGUGUGCUACGGCGCCAUGGAGGCCCUGCUGCUCUUCAACGCGCAGAACGCCACGGGGCACUACAAGCUGGACCUGGGGAACAGUUGUGAGUUCGCGGUGGCCCAGCGUCUGAUCCUCUUGGAUCGCUGGGAGGCCGUGGUGAACAAGCGCCGGGCGCGCUGCGACGUGUCGGCGUCGGCGAACCGCUCGCAGCUGCGCAACGAGACGCAUCAGGGGAGGGACCUCCUGCUGCGCGUCAAAUCGGUCGCGGAGUGGAGCCUGCCGGAGUACGACAUCUUUGAGCUGGACUAUGUGAGCAGCUAUCGCCCACCCGCCAAGGCACAGGCGCUGAGCGACGAGCUUUGGGAAUCGCUGAUGGUCACAAUGUACAACUGCAAGGACACCCGGCCGGAGGAUAAGAUCAAGGCUUUGCGGAGCAUAUCCCACUUGAUCUUUAUCAAAUGCAUGCACAUGCGGCAGAUGGUGGGCUACUUUCAGGAGGCCGAGCACCGCGAGGAGGCCUUUGUGACCUUCUUCAACCGCGUCAUAGACAUGCACAACGCCAAGCAGUUCACCGUCCGCUUCGACAGUGAGGAGGAGCUGAUCAGGCUGAGGUCGCGGUUGGGCUACGUCACCUUCUUCCCCUUCCUGCAGCCCGAGAACGCAAAGUUCGUUCUCAACCUCAAGUACAACGACCAGCGCAUGUGCGCCUCCAUUCUGGUGGACUUAGCGCUGCACGAGAAGUAUGGCAACAUCCGCGAGUAUACCUUGAUCAACGAGGAGGGCAAUGCGGACCCCAUGACGAUGGGUGUCCCCAGAAGUUGGGCGGAUUUUGCCAAAGCGCCCACCACGGGCACCUUCAAGUGCAGAUAUGUGUGCGCGCCAGAGGAUCGACAGGUGGACUACCGGAAGAAGCUGGCGCAGUCCUACGGCUUUAUCAACAGCAUCUUCUCGGAAGCAGACGUGGCCUGGUGGACGGGGCUGAACGAAGUGGGAUCCGACGUGCUGGAUCUCCUGGAGUUCUUCAUCAGCCGCUACAACAACGUCAACGAGGCCUUUCAUCACAUCGAUGGCGGGGUGAAGGAGGGGGAAGGCGGCAACACCACCAGCAACGGCGAGCUGACUCUGCGCGAGUUCGAAGCUGGCCUCCGUGACAUCGGCUGCCACAAGUUCAAAGGCGCCAAUGAGAAGGAGCGAAUCGGUGCCGUCUUCAGGUAUUUGGAUCCUGGCGGUGAAGGCAACGUUUCGCUGCAGGAGUGGCAGAUUCUGGGCCAGCUGUGGAAAGAGUUUGUGCUGAGCAUCCAGGAGUUCGUGCAGUUCCUUUUCUUUGCCUUUGGGGAUGAGUUGGAGUUUGCUUGGGAUGAGCUGGACGAUGAUGGCAGCGGGGAGCUGUCUGAGGACGAGUGGUUCUCCGCGGUGAAGCGCAUAGGAUACUUUGGCCCCGCCCGGGUGGUCUUUGCACUGCUGGACGGCUCUGACGAUGGCAACAUCUCCUGGGAUGAAUUUCAGGAACUGGAAAAGUACAGACCAAAGAAGAAAGAACAGCAAGGCUGAGGCUAUUGCGCAGCCGGGCUGCCUUUCGUGUCUGAAAUAGGCAGAGUCAACGCCAUUGUCACCAAGAGACGGGUCAUGAGCCAAAGCCCGAAGGCUUGCAUCACGCCUGAGCUGUGUAGAGUCGAGGCAGGCAGGAGGAGGGAUUGAAAUCUAGGCGACGGAGCCAUGUUAUGUGGAGAGAACCCUGUCUUUUAGCCAGAGCUUGCCAAGAUAAUUCACAUCGUGGAGCCCCGUGUAGACGAUUAAAUCGUUUGCAAAGGUUUGCAAGGCUCCAGAGUCACCAGAACUCUAGACGCACUUCCUGUGCAAACAACAGCAGCCUGGAUAGCAUAAACAGGACUGGCCAGAC